AUGUCUGCCCCAGCUUCCUCACAGGGCCAUGCCAUUUCGCGAGCCUCCGAGCGAUCGUCCACCGCCAAAGGGCGGCAUACACAUGACCCCGCCAUGCCUUCGAUACAGGAUCUCAAGUAUUUCGAUCCCUGCGGCGCCACGGCGUCUAUGUUUCUAUAUGUCCAGGGCACUUCUGUCGUCUGCUGCCACCACGAUUCGCUAACCAUCGAGCGUCGUUUUACUGGCCACCAGUUUGAAGUUAUUUUGCUCGCCAUCGACAAUCAUAGCCAAUACGGCGGAGGGCGCAUCGCCGCCAGCUACGACAGUAGUAGCAGGAUGAUGAUCUGGGACCUGAUGACGGGUGAGGUGCUCAAGAGCUUCACUUCGAUCGGGGAUGGUCUGAUAACCGCCAUUGCAUGGAUGCGCAAUGGAAACUUGGUGUUUGGUGACAAUCAGGGCACAAUCGGCAUAUUCGAGAUUACUACUGGAGAGCAUGUGAGGACAAAAACAUUAGAACAAACGGCAAUCACGGCUCUGGCUCCAUCACAAGACUGCCUAACGUUUGCAAUCGGAUUCCAAACUGGAACUCUUCUUAUUGCUCGUCUCCAGCCUCGAUUCACCAUCAUGCAUAAUUUGACAACUUCCAGAGCUCCGUCGCCCGUGAUCAAUCUUUCUUGGCACGCCUCUUCGUCUCGACAAAAGUCGGAGAUGCUUGCCGUGCAGAAACACGAUGGUGAUUUACGAGUUUGGAGUGUAACCAAAGCUUAUAAUCUGGAGGACCCCGCCAAAGUUGUUCGAAUUUUGCGCAAAGCAGAGGCCAUCGAGAAAGGUUCCAAUUGGAUGGGCUGGUCCAAGAACGGCCGUGUCAUCCAAUUUUCCGACAGCGAAACCCUUUCGUGGGAUGUGCGAACGAAGCACGUUACCUUUGACUCGAUUCCCACUCUUGAGCAUGUCCGGGGUAUGGCACUCUACGGACCUGGUGCAAGUCUAUUCACAGUCGGGCCCAAUGGCACCGUACAGCAAUUUGAUCUUAACUCGCCAGCAAUCAUGGUCGCGAAUGUCCAGCAUCCUACGAGUCAUCUGCCACCUUCACCUCCAAACUCAAUCGAGGAAAUUGCCAACCAAUCAGUCCACUCCGCCACCACAAUCCAUACAUCGGAAUCGGACAGCUCUAGGAGCUCUAUCCCCCUGGAGAUGAAUGUCUCUGAGAGUGAUGAGGACCACCUGUCACCGUUUGCACGCAUUGCUCGCGGCCAAGCACAUCCCGACUCUGGUAACGAGACAUACGAAUCGGCAAGUCCUGCCUCUAGUAGAAGCGGCCUGUCUUCUUCUCAAUCGCGAUCUUCUGCCGCCUCUGCUGGCCCGCGUCUACCGGGUCGCCCUCCCACAUCCAUUCGGUCGCAAAACACCUACAUUUCGGCGGGAACCUCGCUCAAAUCUUCCACCAUUGGUAGGCAGCAAGAAAUCGAUACAUACUCUAUGGGAUACUCGUUGGGAAGCACCAGCAUCGCAUCUUCGCGCUCGCGUCAACGCCCAUCCCGACUUCGCCACGAGGUUCCUCGCAGCCCUGAUGACAACAAAGUCUACGACUUGUUCAAAUUCACAAGAACACGACUUAGCGACAUCCCAUACAAGCACCCGAUGAAUGCCGAUAACUCGCGCCUGACUAAUGACGACCUGAGAAGGCAGAUGCUUAGUACAAUAUUCGGUUGGCAUGCUGAGGUCGAUGACCUCGUCCGCGAUGAGUUGACCCGGCACCCGAGCGGAUCUUCGAGCCGUGUCCUUCUGGCUAAAUGGCUUGGUGAUAUGGACACGGAUAUUAUGCCUGACAGCGCCAAAGACAUGACUUCUUCCGAUUGGAUGCUGUUUGCUCUGAGUGGCAUUGGCAGCGCUGCUGGGCAGCAAAAGAUUGGCCGAGUCUAUGUACAGCGACUCUUGGAAAGCGGGGAUAUCCACGUUGCUGUUACCAUCAUGCUCGGCAUGGGCGACCAUAACGAUGCCAUUGAGAUCUACAUCUCCCAUAAGCGGUACAUGGAGGCCCUCAUCCUGACUUGUCUGACAUUUCCUCGUGUUUGGGAACGUCAAGCAGCCAUCAUCAGGAAGUGGGGUGAGUGGGCUGUUCAACAUCACCAGCAACAACUGGCAAUUCGAUGCUUUGCUUGCACGGAUCAAGAGUCCACCGAGCCAUGGAGAUCGCCAUCUGCAGUCCAACUCAACUUCCAGAGCAUCACACCUAGCAUACCCGAAGUUCUCAGCCCUCCCCUGUCACCCCCGGGAGUUCAGCGGGGUCCUCAACGAAGCGUUGCAAAGUCAUCUGCGUUGAAGCUCAUCACUUCUUUCGGUGAUAUAAACCAGAAAGCCAAGUUCUAUGCCAACAUAGAUGAUGGUCAAACCCCCAUCGCUGCGGGAGUCACGCCAAUUGCAGAUUCGGCCAUAUCCCCAGGUGGAUCUUACGAAGCUGCGACAGCGUUCUUGCGUCCAUCUAGCAAUAGCCGCUUCAACACACCCACAUCUGCAAGGCCCGCGGGGUCUCUGACGAGCCGUGGCCGCCUGCCUUCCAUUGGUGAAGCCCCGAAUGACAUCAAUCGUGAUAAUCUGGCACGUGAAGCCAGCCGACAGCGUGGCGGCCACUCCCGGAUGGUGUCUGCCGACUACGAUAACAUUAUGGCUGGCAACUCGCUCACGCGGGCUUCCACUGCCAGCCCCAUGAUGAUGCGCGAUCGAUUCACACGCGUUGUUUCAGACUUUCAAGGUGGUGAGCGUCCUCCAUCUCCUGAUCAAAAUGUCAUGGUUCGCAUGCAAGAAAGUAAGAGCAAUGUACGAAACGGCUCGAGAAGCCGAAUUCCCGGCGGUAAACUUCUUGAACUACACUCCAUUGGUCAGUCCAUGAUGAAUGACCCAACAUCCCCAGAACAGUCUGGCGCAUCGUCGACUCGAUUUCACUGGCCGACAAGGCGCCGCGGUCCUGGAUCAGUUGCAAGCUCCAUUACUUCAAACUCUAGCGCAGGCCGAAGCUACAGACAUGGACGGCAGAAGGACGAAUACAUACACAGCCUUGAAGCUGCCAAGCACUACACCAGCAAAAAUCGAAGUAGAGGUCAAAGUAUAGAACGAGCGCGCGAUAGCUCCAGAACUCGCUAUGGUAGCCGAGAGAGACGGGAAAGAUCCCGAGAGCCGUCGGAGCACCGCGGACGUUCUUCGGCUCGGAGCUGGGUCAAGCCAAAGCGUUCUCCAACAUCGCCGGUCCCCAUGUCUCCGGAGGACAUUGCCAAUCUGACAAUGCCGAAAUAUAUAGACGCCGGUGAAUCUACAACGUCAACGUCGAGAAGAUCGGCCAAGACCAAGACCAAGAUUUCAAGCCGCACAUCGAGCCCUGGCAGCAAAGGUCACAGUCCGAAUAGAAAACGACAGUCAUUGACUCUGGAGACGCGCGGACGAAGCCAAGGCAGAGAAAGUGCCAGGGCUCGUUCACCUGCGUCGCCUGUGCCCUUGUCGGCGAGCAUUUUGCAUCUGCAAGGGUCAGAAGAUGAAGAGGAUCUGAAGCGCGCCAUCGAGGAGCAAGAGGCUUUCAGAGCCAAACAUAGCCGGAGUGUCAGCCAAGGACUUAAUUCGCCUGCCGCAUCUAGAAGAGAAGACCCGGAUACAAGGACAAAGGAAGUCAUCAUUCCCGAAUCAGUGGACACUGCUCCAGCACCCGUUAAUCAUUCACGCGCCGCGUCAACCGAACAUGCCGGGGACCUACGCCAGUUCAAGGACGAAAGACUGAGGCGAAAAGAACAGGCGGCUCGUGAACUCGAGGAGCGCCGGAAGUCGCUGGCAAAGCGGGCGCACACACCAGGAAUCGUAUAUCCUGACGAAUACGCACCUGUUGCCACACCUGAGCGCAUCACUGUCGAGACUUCUGAACCGAAACCAUCGUCUCAGGAACUUCCACCCAGAAGUGCAACGGAGCCCCCCAAGAAUAUGUAUGCUCGUGGUGCGAGCCCCAUGAUUGGGCUUCCAGCGACGCCCAAAGCCAUGCGACUUAUCUUGUCCAACGGAAUGUCCAGCGGCCAAAACGUGCCGCCGGUCCCAUCUUUACCGGCCAAAGAAGCAGCGCAAGAAUUGAAGCCAGCUGCUCAAGACGAGGCAGCAGGCUUACUCACGCUGCUGCCGUCGACUGUGUAUCAGCCGCCGGCUCGGCCGAUGAUUCCACGGAGCAUGUCGGCGCCGAUUCCUGACGACCCUCCGCGCUUUCGCAGAGCACCGAGCACAAGUGGCAUCCCUAACAUUGACGCUAUUGUGCAAAGUGGCGAGCGUCGCAGCUCAAACGAAGAACCUCUACCGCCUCCGCCUCCGCCUCCGCCUCCACCGGCUCCCAUGAUGCCACCUAUGCUGAAGGAGCUUCAACACUUGGCUCAGCCUCCGCCUCCCCCCCCUGCGCCGCUGCCACACAUGAGGCCAAUAUACGGGCCCGGCGGAGCAAUUGGAUCCGGUAUGAUUGAGAUUGUGAUGGAUGAUGAUGAGCAGCCCCCGGUUGCCGCACCGAAUGACAACAUGGUGCCUGUGCUGUCACCACCAGUACCGCCGCCUUCGCGGGGCCACAACCGCGGACGCAGCGUUGGUGGCGAGGGGAGUAUUUCGGGCCGCAGCAGACGGGGCUCGGAGCGCCGUAGCCGGAGCCGAAAGAAUUCCUACGCGCAGCAGCCUACCGCGGAGGUGCUAAGCGGCACAACGUAUCAACAGGUCAAGUCGCCCGUCCCGGCGCCGCCUCCAGUCAUGUACGACCAGGACGCGAUUCGCUCACCGAUUGAUACAAAGGGCAAGCAUAUGUCGACUGGUCUACAUCGUAGUGAGAUGAUUUAG